CGGGACCUACUGUUGCCAUUUUCUGCCACGUGGCACUGUGUGUGUUCUUGUUCUUCUCUUCCUUCCAUUUCUAUAACCAUUAUAUCACCUGACGUUCCUUUCAUGUCUCUGAUCUUAAAAAGGAAAGAUCACUCUAUUUCUUGCAUUUUCUGAUUAUUUCUCUCUUGUUUGUUUUUGUCUCUGUAUAGAAGCCAAGAAGGCAAGAAAAGAAAAGAAACAGAACAACAGAAGCCAGUUAGAGUUGUCUUAAUAUAGACCCAGAAAAAUCUCUUGGCUAAUCGCGUUUCUAGCAUCCUGAUUUCUUCCUCUAUGUUGAUUCUAUUCUUCUCUUAUCUGUCUCAUGAUUCACAUUUGCUGAUUCCAAUCCCAAAUAGCAUUGUUUUUUCUCUUGUUUUUUUUUUUUUUUUUUUUUUUUUGCAUUGAUUUGUAACCAAUUUCAUUCUUUCUGAUUAGCAGAAUUUACCAACACUAACCUAAUGCGUUAUUCAUUAUAAUCUGCCUCGCAUUUUAGAGUUUUUGACUUGAUUUUGGUUUUAGCAAUACUAUCUCUCUUUCUGUUUGUUGUUUCUUAUUCAUUGGGAUUCUGGUUUCUUGUUAAUUUGGCAAAUAGCUACAAUUUUUCUACCAUUGGACCAUUCUGUUUUUGUUAGUAUUCUUUUAAUUUGGGAGAUCUGGGGUCUCGUAGAUUCUCAAAACAGGUUUCUCUAAUGGCUUAAAUUGCCAGAUUUUUUUUUUCUUUUAGCUUGUCAUAAGUCAAGAAUUGGAAGUUUCAAGUAGUGCAAUUUGAUUGAUGAGUUUUGGGGUUUAAUGCUUGAAAGAACUGAGGUCUAUAGUAACAGUCAUCCUGAUGAGAAUACAAGAACGGUGGAGUAGAAUUACAGGCUGCAUUUGUUCGAAAGGUGCUCGAGCAAAUGAAAAUGUAGGAAAAAAUGCUGCAAGCAAACAAGCAACUAAAACUAGCAAACUUUCAGUCUCUUCUUCCAAAAGAGAUGAGGCUGCAUUAGAGGUGGAUGGCGCAACAAACCAACAUAGAAAUAACAAUGAGAGCUCUACCUUUGUACCAUCUAAUGAGGAUAACAAAAAAUCUGCAAAGACCAGUGCUCUGAAGGCAUGUAGGAUAUUGAGUCUGACCAGCGGGCAAAAAGGGGCACAUGUUAUUGCUGGUUGGCCUUCUUGGUUAACUGCUGUGGCUGGAGAGGCCAUUAAUGGAUGGGUGCCUCGAAGGGCAGACUCAUUUGAGAAGCUGGAAAAGGUUGGACAGGGAACUUACAGCAAUGUGUACAAAGCCCUUGAUCUUGAAACAAACAAAACUGUUGCAUUAAAGAAGGUUCGGUUUUCUAACAGGGAUCCGAAAAGUGUACGUUUUAUGGCAAGAGAAAUCACAAUUUUGCGAAGGCUCGAUCACCCGAAUAUCAUGAAACUUGAAGGAAUAAUUACCUCAAAGAUGUCUGAUAGUUUAUACCUUAUAUUUGAAUACAUGGAGCAUGACCUUUCAGGGCUUUUGGCGACACCAGGAGUUCAGUUCACUGAAACACAGAUUAAAUGUUAUAUGCAACAACUACUUCUUGGACUUGAACACUGCCACAGUCAUGGAGUUUUGCACCGUGACAUCAAAGCAUCAAAUCUUCUGAUUGACCAAAAUGGCAAUCUCAAGGUUGCUGAUUUUGGGCUGGCAACAUUUUUCUGUCUCCCACAAAAGCAGCCUCUAACAAGUCGUGUAGUAACAUUGUGGUACAGGGCCCCUGAGCUAUUGCUUGGUGCCACAAGUUAUGGAGUUGCUGUGGAUCUCUGGAGUACUGGGUGCGUUCUUGCAGAAUUGUUUGCUGGGAAGCCUAUUAUGCCUGGAAGAACAGAGGUGGAGCAACUGCAUAAGAUCUUCAAACUCUGUGGCUCCCCAUCUGACAGUUAUUGGGAGAGAUCAAAGCUAAAACAUUCAGCCAUUUCUAAACCGCAACAGCCUUAUAAAUGUUGUAUUUCUGAUACAUUCAAGGACUUCCCUUCAACUGCUUUGGCCCUGUUGAAUGUCCUCCUUGCAAUAGAACCGGAGGACCGUGGAACAGCUUCUUCAGCAAUUGGCAGUGAGUUCUUUACAACAGAACCUCUUCCCUGUGAUCCUUCAAGUUUGCCAAAGUACCCACCAGCCAAGGAUUUUGAUACUAAAGUUCGAGAUAAUGACAGUAGAAGGCAAAGAGGAACCGGAGGUAAACGACGUGCACUUGAAGCAAUGAAAAAGAAUUUCAGAGGAGCUAGAGCGGUUCCAGCACCAGAUGCCAAUGCAGAGUUGCCGGCCUCCACACAGAUCCGGAAAGGGCAGCCUAACACAGAAAGCAUCAGUAAACAGCACAAUCCAGCAGGAUAUGGUGGUUCUGACUUAACCUGUUGAGCCUCCUGAAAAAAAUGUCAACUCCAACUCCAAGCAGUGAACACAUCCUACAAACUUCGAAUUGUCUUGUGUUAUGAAUGUUAAUGAGCAUGAGAAUACAUUGAAUCCAUGAUGGCCAGAGGAUCAUUUUGAUCCUCAAUCUGGAUGAUUCUCCAAACGUUUAUUGAGUUUGCCACAGGGUUACUUUCAAGCUGAAGGUUGGAUGAUUGCAGGAGGAAACAUUGAGGAUAUGCUCAAAUAAUACCAGAAACAAAUCCAGAAAGCCGUCUACGAAGCACAUUCAGACAAGACCAAGACCAAUAAAGCUUACAGUGAAGUUGGACAUACAGAAUCUCUCUUAUUCCAUGGGAGAAAUGGCAGGUGACUCACCCUUGGAGUUGAAAGAUAACCAUUUAUUGAGUCAUCAGGGCACUAUUGCAGCAAUGCAUAAAAUCAGGUACUCUUACUUGAAAGGAAAAUUUAUUAUUUAGUCCUUAUAUUAUGGAAAAACUCAUUAGUUGGUUUAUUUAUUUAAAAAAAAAAACAUUAAAACGUUUUUGACAUUUUAA